AUGGCUCACAGCGGAGAGGAACCUUUGGGGAACGACAAGCAGCAAGUGCCGGCAAGCACGCGGGUGCCCUUGCAUCCGAUAGCUAUCAAGCCCAAGCCGACGGCCAAGGCUGGCGCUCCAGGGACCGGCGGGACGCCGAAGGCAGUGCAGAUGGCGAAGGGCGCGUCGAUGGUGGCCAACAAGGGCUCGGAAGAGAUCGUGCUGACCACCUCGAAAAACUGGAUUCUUCCCCCCCGGCCGAAAAUCAAGAAGGGGAAAGCACAGAAGGCGGUAGCGGAGACAAAGCACGUGAAAAAGAACGACAAGCCAGACACGCCGAAGGUGAACUCGCAGAUACACUCGAACAUCAAUCUUUACACGAACAACCAGCUGGAUUUGAAGGUGCAGCUGCAGAACGUGACGAAGGAGAACGACAACCUGAAGAAGAUACUGGCGAAGCUGAAUAAGGAGAUCAACAAUUUGAGGAUUGUGAAGAACGACGGGGCGCUGGCAGAGACGCUGAUGAGCCGAACGCCCUCGGUGCCGGAGCUGGACGAGGCCACGACGAUCGACCCGAUCAAUCUCAGCUACAAUCUGGAGAGCAAGCGGGUGAAAAAGAGCGCAGAUUCAAAGAGGAAGAGUCCCGGCCACCGCAAGGAGCAAGAAAAAGCCCGAGAGCAAGGCCGACGAGGUGAGCCAGAAGGCGCAGCUGUUGCUGGCCGAGCAGAUGCGGCAGAAACAGCUGCUGCUGGAGAAGCAGCGCCAGGAACAGGCGCAGAAACAGCUGCAGAAACAGCUGCAUCCGUGCGGCGUUUGUCCCGCUUCGGGCAGCUGUGUGUGCGGCGAGCUGAGCGACCUGACGAGCGAGUGGAUGGGCCGCGCCUUCGACGACGUCGACCUGCUGGCUCUGGAGCCGCCGGCCGCGGCAGACGAGUUCAAGUUCGGCAACGAUUUCAUGAUGUACGAAUAAACUUAAUGGAUGUUAUUGACUAUUUAGAGCAAAGUGAGGUAUGUGCCGACCAGGGCGGUGAACCCGAGCACGACGUAUCCGGUUCUGUACACGCCCUUGAGCGAGAGCUCCUUGCCAAAGUCCCAGAUCAGGUGUCUGACUCCGUUGGCCACGUGGAAUGCGAAGGGGAACGAUGCUGCUGCCUUGAGGCCCACUUUGGCGGCCACCGGCAGACCGGCAACAACCGACACCAGGGUGGCCGUGUCGAAGGGCACGCCGGCCAGGCUUGUGAACGCGUAAGUGCAGGUGACAGCGUAGAAGCCUGCGGCGAGGCCCACGCCGGUGAUUCUGUGGAACGACGACAGGAUCCACGUCAGCUGUGGUUGGUAGAUCUGCAGGUGUGGAGACGAAGGUCUGUUUUUUCUCUGUGCGACAAGGAUGGCCUGCUCUUCGGCAGGCGUGGCCUUGAUGGUGACGAGGCUUCUGACGCCAAGGGCGGCGCCCAUGAGCUGGCGUCUUGGAACCGCGGAGACCGAUUGGCGAGCGAUGGAAAGCAUACUGAGUUAAAAGUGGAACAACAGAAGCGAAUUGAUUAA